UCUUAAACUUUUGUGAUCUCAGCUUGGUGCAAUGAUAGAAAAUGGGAGCAGAAAAUCCUUCAUUUGUGGACCCUGUAACAUGUUAACCAUUUUGGAUAAUUCACAUCUCCAUCCGCGUUUAUGGGCCAGUUUUAAGUGUAAGAUGAGACUCUGCUGAGGCACCUGGAAGAGCUGCUAAUGUAAUGAGAGAUUAAAGAGCUGUGAUGAGGACCUACUGAUUCUCAGGGAGUGAUUCUCAUCACUCUAAUAGUGAAGUACAGCCUAUGGAUCUGUAGUCCUUAGUCACACGGUCUCAGCCAUGUGGUAUCAGAGAGUUUAUCAAAAUUUGAGUUUCUGGAUGUCACUGUUAAGACUGCAGUUUCCCUCUCCUGGUAGGUGAGUGCAAUUUUUUUUAUUCUUCAAGUUUUUACAGGCCUUUAAACUGCCAUAAUGUGAGUAAUGUUUAUAUUUUAAGCGUGUUCACAUUUUCAGUGUGUGUGUGCAUUGCUGGGGGUGAGUCUCUUGCACUUUGUCCUUAGGCUGGUGACGUUACUGUACACCAGUGAGAUAGGCUGGUGCAGAGAAAAGGCUACGCUCCAUUUUUGGAAGGGCCUCAAGCGUAAAGAACCUUUCAGUUCUAGCACAGAUAACUGUGGUGUACUGGAUCCGCUGCUUUUGGCACAAGCAACAAAUACAGUUUUGGUAACUUGAAACUGGAAUUUCUGUGUGAGUAGUGGGAAGUUGAACAGAUGGGAAGGGCAUUGCUAAUAUAAAAAGUAAAAGUAAGUCAAGAGAAGAGCCAACCUAGAGGUACGUAUUUUUUAGAAGAAAUAGAACAUAAACUCCCGUUAAGUAUCAGCAAUAAUUACUGGAUGUGAAAAAAAUAAAUAUCGUAAGAGCUUAUGUUAGAAAGAGAAGCUGCAAGCCUGUUCCGGUGAAAUAAAAAUUGGUGAAGUGAGAAGUGUCUGGGGAGGUGUCUUUUGCUGUGAACAGAGUAAUACUGACUUUUUGCAGUUUCAUAACAAAUGCAUUUAUCUCCUAAAUGUAAAUGCUGCCUUUGAUUUGUCACAAUCAGAACUUCGUCCAGGCAAGCUUGCUGUUCCCUGGCAUUGCUGUUCCCUCUCUUUAGACAGUAAAUAAACAUGGUUAUAGCUGCUUUGCUUAACUGCUGUUUUUUUCUCUUCAAUCUUUCACUCGUGUUUACAGGUCUUCUAUUUUUGACAGCUGUAUCUGAUACUCAUCCAGAUCAGUUUGUAUACAAAACACUGCCCCCCAGCAUACAGGUGGACAAAUCGGUGGAUGUAAUGAUGAAUAGCUACUUAGGUUUCUCUUUGGACUCUGGUAAAGGAAUUGUCUCCCAAGAUGAGAUGACUUUUGUGUCUGGUGCCCCAAGAGCCAACCACAGCGGAGCAGUUGUUUUACUGAAAAAAGAGAAAAAUCAGAGAGCACUUUCACUGGAGCACAUGUUUGAAGGAGAAGGACUGGCCUCUUCCUUCGGCUACGACGUUGCUGUUGUGGAUCUCAACAAUGACGGAUGGCAAGACAUUGUUGUUGGAGCCCCGCAGUAUUUUGACAGAAGUGGAGAUAUUGGUGGUGCUGUGUACAUCUACAUUAACCAGCAAGGCAAAUGGGAAGGAGUAAAACCCAUUCGCUUAAAUGGAACCACUGACUCCAUGUUUGGUCUCGCAGUUGAAAAUGUUGGGGACGUUAAUCAGGACGGGUAUCCAGAUAUUGCAGUAGGGGCUCCAUAUGAUGGCUUUGGCAAAGUCUACAUUUAUCAUGGAUCCAAGAAUGGAAUAAAUACAAAACCAGCACAGAUUCUUGACGGUGAAAAAACAGGCACUAAUUUCUUUGGUUACUCCAUUGCUGGAAACAUGGACCUGGAUAAAAAUUCCUACCCUGAUAUUGCUGUUGGUUCCCUUUCAGAUUCUGUGGCUGUGUUCAGGUCUCGACCUGUGAUAAGCAUUAGAAAAAGCAUUACAGUACAGCCUGACAGAAUUGAUCUAAAGAAAAAGAACCCUGAGGACCCUAGUGAAAUAUGGAUGGAUGUGAAAGCAUGUUUUCAAUAUACUGCAAACCCCAGUGAUUUAAAUCCAAGAAUAAAGAUCAACUAUACGUUUGAAGCGGAGAACGAGAGGAGGCAGUUAGGCCUGCCCUCUAGGGUACGGUUUAAAGACCACCUCUCUGACCAGUUUACUGCAAGUACAACCCUAAUACGGCAGAAGGCAGAAGAGUGUGUGUCAACAAAGCUUGUACUGCAGGAAAAAAUUAAAGAUAAGCUACGCCCCAUUCCAAUAUCAGUCAGCGUUAAAAUUGCUGGCCUGGAGUCCAGCUCAUCGUCCACAAGAAAAGAGAGCGCACUGCCGGAUCUUAUACCAAUUCUAAAUACAAAUGAAUCUGAGACAAAGACCACAAAAGUGGAGUUCUUAAAAGAAGGAUGCGGAGAAGACAACGAAUGCCACAGCAAUCUGAAACUUCAGUACCGGUUUUGCACUAGAGAAGGAAAUGAAGACAGGUUUACUUAUUUACCGAUUGAAAACGGCACCCCAGUGCUUGUUCUGAAAGAUCAGAAAGAUAUUGCCCUGGAAAUAACAAUAACAAACAAUCCAUCUGAUGCAAGAAAUCCACAAAAAGAUGGUGAAGAUGCCUAUGAAGCUAAACUAAUUGCAACUUUUCCAGACAGCCUGACGUAUUCUGCAUUUAGGGAGAUGAGGGCUUAUCCUGAAAAACAGCUAACGUGUGGUGCUAACCAAAAUGGUUCUCAAGCAGAGUGUGAACUUGGAAAUCCUUUCAAAAGAAAUUCCAAUGUAACCUUUUAUCUGAUCUUAAGUACCACUAAAGUUAAUGUUGAUACAACAGACUUGGAUAUUAAUCUGAAGUUGGAAACAACAAGCACUCAAGUUAAUUUGGCUCCAAUUACAGCUAGUGCUAAAGUGGUUCUUGAAUUGCUUUUAUCGCUCACUGGAGUUGCUAAGCCUUCUCAGGUAUAUUUUGGAGGUAACAUCAUUGGUGAAAGUGCUAUGAAAUCUGAAGAUCACAUUGGAAACCUCAUAGAGUAUGAAUUCAGAGUAACUAACCUGGGCAGACCACUGAAAACAUUCGGUACAGCUUCCCUGGACAUCCAGUGGCCGAAAGAAAUUAGUAAUGGCAAAUGGCUGCUUUAUUUGAUGAAAAUAGAUUCCAAAGGCUUGGAAAAAGUCUCCUGUCAGCCCGAGAGUGAAAUCAACAGUUUGCAUGUUGCGGAAUCCCAUAACUCAAGAAGGAAACGUGAGGUUGCAGAGAAGCAGAUUACAGACAGCAAAGCCUUUUCUUUAUUCUCAGAAAGGAAAUACAUGACCUUGGACUGCAAUGUGAACGCACGCUGCGUGGACAUUAAAUGUCCCCUGAAAGGUUUAGACAGCAAAGCAUCUAUUGUGCUGCGGUCCAGGCUGUGGAACAGCACUUUCUUAGAAGAAUACUCCAAAAUGAACUACCUGGACAUUGUUGUCAGGGCUUCGGUCAGUGUUCCUGCUGCAGCUAAGAACGUUAAACUCACAAAUGAAGCUGCUCAGGUGCGUGUUACUGUCUUUCCUGCAAAACCAGUUGCACUUUAUACAGGAGUACCUUGGUGGAUCAUCGCAGUGGCUAUUUUUGCUGGAGUACUGAUGCUCGCACUGUUGGUAUUCUUACUAUGGAAGUGCGGGUUCUUCCAGCGCUCCAGGUACGAAGACAGUGUCCCCCGAUACCAUGCUGUAAGAAUUCGAAAAGAAGAGCGACAGAUCAAAGAUGGGCAAUGCAAGGACCUUGACACAAAACAGUGGUUCACAAAAUGGAAUGAAAAUGAAAGUUAUUCUUAGGGACAAAAAAAAUUCAUCCACAAAGUUCAGAUAGAGGUUAAUUGUUUUCAUUAAUGGAAUAUUGAUGGAGUUAGACCUACAAACACUAAGGACAUUCACCAUUUGAGUGUAGAUAUUACUACUUAUAUUGAGGCUUUUGUUUGCACAGUUAAAAUUGCUUCAGCAGACUUUAUUUGCUUUAUUUAAUUUCCAGGCUGCCUCUUUUCCCCUUCAAAUCUAACUCACCCUUUAGAAGACACUGUGUUGAUUUUGGGUCUUUUCUGCAAAAUAUGCAGAACUACUAUGGUGGACCUUUUCUUGUGAUUCUAACCUUCUUAGGUAUGCAAGGAAUGCAUGGUUGAGGGAAAGACGAGUUCUCCAUCCUUCCCUCAAUGCAUAGUCAAUCAUUAUAAACACAGGGUGGCCUUAACACACUUUGUUCAAAUAUAAUCUGAAGACCUGCAAAUCUUCUUUAGUCAUAAACUUUGCCUGCUGCAGUAGUUAGGGCUUAAUAAAAAGCAUCAUCUUAAAUUACAUGUGCAAUAGGUCAUGUUGCUCCAUGAUUUUUUUUUUAAGAUCAGAUUGUGAUUCUUGCUCACAAAAAUAUACACAGUUUUUUUUUUUUAAAGAGAGGCUUGACUGUUAGAUGUACUUUUUGUAUAUAUAUAUAUUUUAGUCAUUUUUGUAUUUAUUUUUGUUAUAAAUCAUGUCUUUGAGUCAAACUGUUAGGCCAAAGACUUAACUGAACCUUCAAAUCCACUGUGUUUUUGAACUUCAGAUUACAAGACCUGAGACUUUUACUGCAUUGUAAUACAUCACUGAAGGUGCCAAUGCUUUCUAAAAUUGUAAAUAUUUAUUCCAGUAAUGUGUACGGGGGCUUUUCUUCCUGAUACUUGUAACUUUAUGUACUAGGAAUUAUCGGGUCUUGUAACAUGGUUUGUAUAUUACUUCAGACUAUUUUAUGAUUUGGACACCAAGCAGAAGUAGCGUUUUUAGAUCCAAUUUUAUACUUACUGCAAGAAAGUGAGAGGUUCUCUGGAAACAGCUUUCCAGCUUUGUGAAGACUUCCUGUUUGGCAAAAGGCAUUGACUACUGCAACCGUUACUCAGCACUUGAAGGAGGCUGUAAAUGCCUGACUUACCUUAACUACGGGGAUCUGAGCUGAUCCACGUUGAGACUACUGAAUCGUCUUGAAUACCUGAAUGUUGAUAAAAGUAAAACCACAAUGUUAUGUUUAUCAGUAAUUUAGUUAUUGUAAUGUAACUGAUGAGACUAUUUAAAGAGUUUAUUUUUUACCCAUGUUCUAAAGUGUUGGUACUAUUUAAGAACGAAUAUUUAGUUCACAAUUGUUUGUUCCAUGUGAAACAAAAUUCUGCUCAAAAAGUGUGCAGGUUAAUUGCUAGUAAUUUGAACUAUGCAAAAACCUCUUGGUACUUUUUCCCCUCGUAGGGUAAAAACCUGCUAGGAGGGCAGUUGUCAAGUGUCUUAUUUUUACUACUAACUUUGAACAUACCUUCUUGGAAGGUGUGAUCACCUAAAAAUUUAUCAUCAGAGAAAGUGCAUUAAUUUACUAGACUCUUCUUCUUCCCACUAAAUAAUCUCAGUACAUUGUGACCCUGAUUUUAUGAACGCUUACACAUGUAUUUAGCUGUUCCCCGGUUUUUGAGCUUUUAAAAUUCUGGCUUAUUUGCCAAAAGGCUCAGCAGCACCAGAAGCCAGGCUAAUCAGGGGCUAAGAAGCUUGACCGAUAGCCUUAGAUUUAGAAGCAGAUUGUGGCCCUCGCCUAAGAACAUGAAUGUCUUACCCGUGUUAAACUGAAAGGUCUUGAAAAAUGAGUCAUGUCACUGGUAUACUUUUAUCUCAAACUUUUUUAUACCAGCUAGCAGUGCUACGUCAUUCCAUGAUUAGAAAUUGCCUGUGGAUACUUGUAUAGAAGUGUGAAAUAAAUUUUUUUUUUAAAUUAAA